AUGCUGGGCGACACAAUCGAGUAUCAAAGCGACAAUUUUUCUGUCAGCACCGGCACAAAUGUUUUGGAGACGAAGACCCAUAAUGGAAUCACAUGUGUCUGGAGCGGAAAGUUCACCAACUAUCAAAUUAAUUUCUCAUGGAAAUUCGAUUGGAAUAAUUUCAAAAACGAAGGAGUCGAUGAGAUCACUGGACACAUCACAGUCUACUCUGUGAAUAAUUACUUCACCGCAAAACAAAUUGAUGUUAAUAUCACAGAAGACAACCAAGUGAUCACACAUCAAUUUGCACACAGUUAUAACUCCGAUACUUGUUACUUUCAAUAUUCUCUCAUUCCUUACUACCCUCCAAUUCCUGUGAAUUACGACAAGAUGUUUCAGCCUUCCGACAAGAACGAUGCGAUUCUGAUUGUCGACGGAAAAAAGCUUCAUGUUAGCAAAGCGUUCCUUUCCUACCACUCCGAAUACUUCAGCGCUCUCUUCUCAUCGAAUUUCAAAGAAGGACAAAUGGAUGAAAUUCCGAUCGGAGAAGUCUCUUACGAAGAUUUUGCUCAACUUCUCAGCACUUUUUACCCAAAUCCAGUGUUCCCUUGUGACAAAACUGUAGAGAAGCUGUUGGAAAUGGCCAGUCGUUUCAUGGUUUCUUCAGUUAUCAACAUCAUUGAAUAUCAUCUUCUAAACAAUUCUAAAAUUAAUAGUGAGAAGAUGUUGUGGAUGGCUGACCAGUUUGUGAUGCCAAACCUUCUGGAGAAGUGUAUUCGUGGACUGAAUACCGUGGAGAAAGCGAAGAAAUUGGAUCAAUCUCCGGAAUACAAGAAGCUGUCAGAUAAUGCCAAAGCUAAAGCUCUCGAUCGUCUUAUCAAAUUGUUCUAA